AUGAUGGUGUUUGGAUGCUUAUUUUAUCCUGAAACGCUCACGUUGAACUUUCAAACGACAGUCAACAUGUCCCAUCCACUAUUUAUAGCAAUUGUAAGCCUUGUUAUAUUUCUAACAGCUUACGGAAACAGGGAAUUUAUAUUUGGCAAGUUUGAAGGAAAUGUUGUAUUUGACUACAGCAAGAACUCUGAUAUUUUAUCACAAUUAGGACUAGUAGGCUCAUCUUAUGCUAGCAAAUGCCAUGGUAAGGUAGUGAAGAACAAGAGCCAGCAAAAUCAUACUGCUUCACGUUAUGGAGAUGCACUCAGUGGUUGCGACAGUCCCAUUGAAUUGAUGCAAUCUACCCUCGAUUGGAUUAAAGAUAACCUAUUGGAUAAAAUUGAUUUUGUUGUCUGGACAGGUGACAACGUUAGACACGAUAAUGACAGGGAUCAUCCUCGUUUGGAAUCGCAAAUAUUCGAAAUGAAUCAAGUUGUAGCUGAUCUUAUUCACAGUACAUUUCUUACUGAUAAAGAUAGAGAAAACCAAGAGAAUAUAAUCGAUAAUUCGAGCCGUGAUAUCAAAAUAAUUCCUUCCUUGGGAAAUAACGAUGUAUAUCCUCAUAAUAUGUUCUCCCCAGGACCCACUCUUCAAAUCAGAGAAUUCUACAGGAUCUGGAGAAACUUUGUUCCAGAGGAGCAAUUACACGUAUUUGGCCGAGGUGCAUACUUUUUUGUGGAAGUCAUAAAAGGAAAACUCGCUGUAUUAUCAUUCAAUACUUUGUAUUUGUACACAGCAAACCCUCUAGUGGAUAACUGUGAUAGUCGUAAACAGCCAGGCUACCAGCUUUUUCGUUGGCUUGGUGUUGUACUCGAAGAAAUGAGGAAAAGGGAUAUGAAAAUAUGGCUGACUGGCCACGUUCCUCCGGUACCGAAAAAUUAUGAUGAAUCUUGCUUGAGAAAGUAUAUUAUCUGGACUCAUGAGUAUAGAGACGUCAUUAUUGGUGGAUUGUAUGGACAUAUGAACAUUGAUCACUGGAUCCCUCUAGAUUCUGAGUGGGCAUAUAAUUCUCUAGCAGCUGAAGUGUUUCCAUCUGAAAGCAUACCAUUUGAUUUAUACACUGGAUUCCCAGAACUUGAUAUUAAAGAUGCAGACGGCAUGUCACAUCGUUAUGACGGAGUUCCUGUUGGAAAGGUUAGGUACAUGAACUCGGUGCGUGAAGAUCUCUACGCCCGAAUAGCAGAGAGUAAUGAUUCGGGUAUAUUCUCUGAUCGAUAUUCCAUUGCACAUGUAUCUACCAGCGUGAUACCAACCUACAACCCAGGAAUCAGAGUUUGGGAAUACAACAUUACAGGCCUGGUUGAUGAAGAUGAAAAGAGAGCUGAGAUUCAAAGGCAUCCUCCAUGGUCGACUUUUUUUGAAGAUUUGGAGGUGGAAAUGGCGGAAGAUGAGGAGACCGACGAAUUUGCCUUUCCUACAAAGGACCCUUCGUUACCCGUGAAAAUGCCAUCAAAGACACCUCUUGGUCCUGCCUAUGUUUCUCAGACAUUCUCUCCUUUGAGGUACGUACAGCUCUUUGCCAAUUUGACUGCCAUCAAUUCAGGUCAGUCCCCGUUCCAGUAUGAACUUGAAUAUACCACUGAUGACUCACCUUACCAGAUGAACAGUCUGUUGGUUGAUGAUUGGAUCAAGCUUGGUCGAAAACUAGGUGCCUCCACGGAUGAUCAAUGUCCCUCGCAAUAUAAGCACCUUUGGAAGAGUUUUCUUUCCCGGGCUUUUGUCCAGACAGACUACGAAGAUACAGGAAUAUAG